AUGGAGGCAGAAGAAACACCGCAGCAUGUGCUCAUGGAAUGCAGCAGCGUAGCAGAACAACGGGCUCAAUUUCUCCGAUCACCAUCGUCGCUGCAGGAGACGACCGACGAUUUCGACUUCCACGACACCAUCCAAUGCGAAGAGGACUUCGUAAAUUGCAUCGACAAUGAAAAAGUGUGUCCAUUUAUUGAAGACCUCAUCGCCAAGAAAGAGCCAUUGACUAAGGUUCUUCGCCUGAUCUGCCUCCAAUGCGCGACUGGGUCGGGCCUGAAGCCGAAAGUGUUGGAGUACUACAAACGAGAGUUAGUCCAGGUGUACGGACUCAAGACCUGGCUCACGCUAUGCAACUUAGAGAAGUGUGGACUGCUCAAAGUACAGACUGGGACGAGGCAGUACACUGUUCUUAGGAAGGCUUUACAUUUGACCAUGGACGAUUCAGAACUAGACCCUAAAGAGAAGAGCUACUUGUCAAGCAAAUUCACGCCUUUGACAGUGAGACUUAGCGAGCACAUCGCCAAAAACAAAGGGUGGUCUGGUAUUCAAGACGUACUUGGUUCGCUUCCCGGUGCGACAGUGGACGAACUCCAGACGCUUCAACCGCGAAUGGUGAGACGGAACUCAAUCUCAAGCGAGAACUCGUCUUUGGAAAACCCACGGGUGAUACUGGUCUUCUUCAUAGGAGGCUGCACUUAUCAAGAGAUAUCGGCCUUGAGAACCAUCAGUCAGCAAGAAGAUUCUUGCGUAGAAUUCGUCAUAUUGACCACUAAACUCAUAAACGGAACUACUUUCAUAGAAACUCUGAUGGAAGAAUAAUGUUAUUGCUUUUUGUAUCUCAGCAUAUAUGCCAUUCCUGUGUUAUUGUAUUAUUAUCGCAAUUUAGUUGUAAGUAAUGUAUUAUUGUCUCUAAUUAG